CGGAACGACCUCUCUAUCCACUUACUGCCCGUCUUGGCGUUUCCUGUUGCUCCGAUCUUACCUAGCUGGCGAGCGAGCGACACACUACAAAAACAGCAAGCGAGCGUAGCUUUGUUCGCUUCUUCUCCACCAAGCACGCAAGUUUGAAUGAUAACUGUAGUUGAUCGUUGAUUUUAUCCGCUGAACCCUAAUGGGUAGGAGGCUCUCCUCCGUGGUAGAUGUGCCCGCCGAACGACGUCGCAGCCGCAGAGAAAAUGGUCGCUACUCACCAGAAUCUGACAACUCCGGUGACCACCGACGUCGAAGCCGGACUUUUAGCCGUAGCCGGAGCCGUAGUCGAAGCCCGGCCAAUGGUCACAUCAGGUAUGACCACUAUUCCGAUCGUCGUUCUGGUCGUCGGCCGUCUCCCGAUUACUCAAACUAUAGAAAAAGCCCUAUAUCAGAAACCCUAAAUUCGGAAAAAAGAUCCAACUACGAUGAUCGCAGGAACCGCCCCGCACCUUUUCUUGAUCGUGAUCAAAGGAAUGGGCGGGUUGCGGACUCCGAUUCGGAUGAAGAGUUGAGAGGUAUGAGUUUUGAAGAGUACCGGAGAAUCAAACGUCAGAAAAUGAGGAAGAUGUUGAAGAAUUGUAUAUGGAAUGUCACACCGAGUCCUCCUAGAAACGAUAACGAACGGUAUGAACUGGAACUGGAGGAAAUUACAGAGAAGUUUGGAGACGAGGAAGAAAACAACGAGUCGAGAGAGAAAGAAAAAGGCACGGAGAAGAUGAAAUCAAAACUGGAUUCUGGAAGUUCAAGAAGUGGUUCUUCAGAUUCCGAAUCUGGUUCUGGGUCUCAAUCUGACGAUUCACUGUCUGAAUCAGAUGAUUCGCGCUUAAGGAAAAAGAAAAAGGGCAAGAAUUCGAGGAGUUCUAUCCGUAGAAGUAGGAAAUCGGUAUCUGCAUCCGAUAGUGAAUCGGACGAGUCCAGUGAUGGCUCAGAAGAAGAUAGGAGACGGAGGAGGAAGACACGGAGGAGAAGUAGUAGGCCAAACAAGAGCAGUAAGAACAGUAGUAAGAGAAAACGCAGUAGUAGGAAGAACAGUGAUAGCGAUUCCGAUGAAAGCCUGAGUGAAAGUGAGGAAUCUGAUGUCAGUGGACGUUUGAGGUCGAAGCGGAGGCACUCUUCAUCUUCUCGGUCAAAGCUUAGUAAGAAGAAGAAACAUGCUGAAACUGACGGUGAGAGUUCAUUUUCAAAGGAGAAUUCUGAUUCUGAAAUCGUUGCAAAUAUUAUACCUCAGGUGGAUAAUGCUGGGAUAAAUGAAAUUAACAGUGAAGAGCUCAUAUUCAAAGAUUUGAUUGAAUCACAGAAGAAACCUGCUUUGGAUAACGAACCAGUUGUCGGGCCAAUGCCUUUGCCUAGGGCUGAAGGACAUAUUAGUUAUGGAGGGGCACUUAGGCCUGGUGAAGGUGAUGCCAUUGCUCAAUAUGUUCAACAAGGGAAGCGUAUCCCACGUAGAGGUGAAGUUGGUCUUUCAGCCGAGGAGAUUCAGAAAUUUGAGUCUCUUGGUUAUGUAAUGAGUGGUAGUCGGCAUCAAAGGAUGAAUGCUAUUCGUAUCAGGAAAGAAAACCAGGUUUAUAGUGCAGAGGACAAGAGGGCGCUGGCUAUGUUUAACUAUGAGGAAAAAUCAAAGCGUGAGCACAAGGUUAUGGCUGAUCUGCAGCGGCUGGUGCAACGCCACAUUGGGCAGGAUACUGGCCCUUCUCAUGAUCCUUUUGGUGGAAGGUCCACUGAGGGUGCCGAUACGUAAUCCUCAUGCAUAUCUGGAUAUGAUUACAGAGUGAAAAAAAGGUGAAAGAUGGUCUUGGAUAUGCUUUAAGUUUGACAGAGAGCCCAUGAUCUUUAUGAGGAGGGACGGAAUGUUGAGGAUGGGGCAGCAUUGUCACGUGUGCUUAAUUUUGUAGCCAUAGGCCCAUAGCAAGCUAUAGGAUUAUUGGCUUUGAUUUCAGCUUAAAUGGAAAAUGAGCAGGGAGUAGAAUUUGGGAUGUGGAGAUGGGUUCUGACAAGUUUUCUCAUUGAGAACAAAUUUGGAACAACAUCUUCUGAUUUACUUGUGUAUUUUAAGAAGUGUUAUUGCAAACUCAUUUCUUUAAGGCGUUUGAUCUCAUAGAAAUUAAACCAGAAUGGAAGAACUUUGGGUACAAAAAUGAGUUGUGACAGAUUAUAUCAUGUUGUGCGAAGAAAUUUUGAACAUCUUAACAAAUUCUACCAAUUUGUUUUUGUGUUUUGACUGUUAGGUCUCUAAGGCUUUGUAGCAAAAUUAGAAACUAAGUUCAUUGUUGUCCCUGGAGGCUGCAUCUCACUUUAAUUAUGAUACUGGGAGGUAACAUGAGCUAUAUAUAGAGAUGCCCGUUCUUUUUCUGGACAAUGGUGUGAUAUUUGAUGGAAGGACAUUUUUGAUGUAUUGAAGAGUUCGUUUUUUUUUUGAUAAGUAAAUAUAUAUAAACAAAAACGCUCAAAGGGGAGGAGCGAACCCUUAACAAAACUAACAAAAGGCGCAAAAAGUGCCAUUACAACAAUAAGUUGUCAACAAAAUCCAACAAACUGUCCACAGAUGGACAAUUCCUCCCAUUAACUCAAGAAAAAAGCGAAUGCAAAACAUAGACUUAAUAACCCACGUCGGCGCCUCCUUUCCCUCGAAAGAUCUCCUGUUCCGCUCUAGCCACAGCCCCCACCAAACACAAAGAGGUGCAACCCUCCAAGCUUUCCUAACCCGACUACCCAUUGAUCUCCCUCUCCAAGGCUCUAACAUGUCCACUGUGUUCCUUGACACAACCCACUCAACCCCAAACACAUUUAGAACCAUACUCCAAACAUCUGCUGCCGCUUUGCAAUGCAACAAGAGAUGGUUAACCGAUUCGCCCGUCAUCUUACACAUGCAACACCAAUUAACUGUCAUUCGGCCUCUUCUUUUAAGAUUAUUGAUAGUAAGAAUAAAAUUGAAGAGUUCUUAUUCUCGAAGCUUUCUUAUCAUAAGUAAUCACAAUGGAAAUUUCCAACACUGUUUAUAGGAUCUUCAUUUCCAACUGAGCGUGACAAUACUGUAAUAUGCAUUCACUAGGAAUUUAUAAAAUUGUCUUGUAACUUGUGUCAAUUUGUUGCAGUUUGUUCUUCUGUCUCACCUAACAUGAUAAGAGUCAUCUGAAAUGUUCAGGCUGAAAGUCAGGGAACUGGUACUCGACAACCUAUUGCAGGCUAAGUUUUUCCUUUAUGUCAUGCAUGAUCAAUCUUGUCUAGUCGCUCCUUGUUUCAUCAGUUGCUGCUGCUGAGUGCAAUGCUAUUAGUUUCUGAACCCACAUGACGUCUUACUAGUCGGUUCAUGGUUCAUGGUUCAUGGUGACAUGACAAAAUUUUUCCAAAAAUAACUGUAAAAUAUGUAACAUAUUUUGUGAGUUCUUUUAAUUUUUUUUUUU